AUGGUGGGGCCUGAGCAGCAGCAGGAGACCGAAGCAGCAGCAGAAGCAGCAGCAGCAGCAGAUGCUGCAGCAGCAGCAGCAGCAGAAGGAGCGUCGCGGCUGCUGGAGUGUUUGUUUAGCCCAGAUGCAGCAGAACAACUUGCUGCUGCUGAUCCCAAGGAUUUGCUGCUGCUGCAGCAGCAGGAAGUAGCAGAUGUGCUGCUGCGGCAUGCAGUGAGGGACGAGCACAGCGACAAAGACACGCUGAAGCUGCUGCAGAUCUUGCUGCUGCAGCAGCAGCAGGGAGAAGCAGCAGCAGCAGCAGCAGCACGUGCCAAUGUGGAUCAGAAGGUGGUGGACCUGCUGCUGCUGCCGCAGCAGCAGCAGCAGCAAACCGUGCCAGUGGAGUGUCUGUGCGGGGUGGCCGUCACCGUCACAGGGGGCGUCUUCUCCUGCAGCAGCAGCAGCAGCAGCAGCAGCGGGGGAGCAGCAGCAGCAGGGGCUGCGUGCCGCAUGCUAAACCCCAGCGUGUCGCUGCAUGCGCUGACGCAGGCGCUGUUUUGCUGCUGCUGCCAAGGCAAGCUGCGCUGUUUGCUGCUGCUGGAGCGCUGCUGCAGCGUUGCUGCUGCUGAUUUGCUGCUGCUGCAGCAAGGCCGAGGCACUUUAGUGCAUGCAGCAGCAAUGGGCGGCUCCAGGGCCACGCUGCAGCGCCUCCUCACUGCCCACAAACUCUCACCCCGCGGGCCGCUCGAGUCGGCGAACUACAACGAGCCGAUUCACCUCGCUGCGCACUGCGGAAGGACUUUUGCAGUUUUGUCUUUAAUUGAAUUCGGAGCUCCUUUGGAGUGUCUGGACAGACACCAGAGAACCCCCGCCUUCCACGCUGCUGCCAACGGCCACCUGUCCACCCUCAAAACCCUCGAGGCCAUGGGCGCAAACCUCCGAGCUGUGGACGCGGACGGGAUUUCACUUUUGGAGGAAGCAAAAAACAAAAGAAACAUUAGAGACGGGAGAGACCGCGAGGGGAUUUAUUUGCUGCUGCUGGACAAGGAAGCAGCAGCAGCAAAUGAAGACGCUGCAGCAGCAGCAGCAGCAGCAGCAGCGGGGGACGGGCCUGCAGCCAGGAGCAAAAGAGCUCGAGACGAAGCCGCCGCGCAAACCCUAAACCCUACCUUAAACCCUAAUUCCUAA